AUGGCAUCAUUAGUGUGGGAAGGCCUAAAAAUACCAUAUAGAUUUAGUCACAAUACAUCAGUUGGCGCAGAAAUAUUAAAAAGAUUAUCAGAGACUCCUGAGAGAGUUCUGAACAUUUGCUAUGACGAGGAGACAUCAAUGACAUGUCACGAAACAAGAUUAUCAAGUAUUCGUAUAGCUCAAAACUUAUCUAGUCUUGGAUUUCAAUCCGAAGAUAUUGUCGGAAUCAUUUGCAGCAACACCACAUAUUUGCCAGCAGUUGUUUAUGGUUGUUUAAUGUUAGGAAUGCCAAUAAAUCCACUCGAUGUCGGAUUCAAAAAAGAUGAUAUUAAGCACAUGUUUUCGCAAACGAAGCCAAAGCUGGUCAUUUGUGAUUCUAAUGUAUAUGAAGCAGUUAAAUUGUCACUUGACGAAAUGAAAAAUGAUGCUCUUAUUAUCACAAUGCGCGAGCCAAUUAAUGGAGUUAAAUUCGUUGACGAGCUUUUAUCAACAACAGAAGUUGAAGAUUUAUUUGAGGUUCCACAUUUGGGGGACGCAAAGCAAGCACUUGCUGCUAUUUUAUGCUCAGCAGGAACAACUGGAUUAUCAAAAGGAGUUUGCAUAUCUCAUGCAAAUAUUCUGUCUCAACUGUCUACAUAUGACAUGAGUUUUCCGUUUCGUUCUUUAAAUUUUAGUCCAAUUUAUUGGUCCAUUGGAUUUUUAUCAACAAUCUUUACUGCAUUUAAGCCACGCGAUACAAGAAUCAUGACUUGUCAACCAUUCAGCGUAAACCUUCUUAUUUAUCUGAUUCAGAAAUAUGAGAUUAAUGUGUUCAUGGCUGCACCUUAUCAACUAUCAUUACUAUUGCAACAUUCUACGCUUAAUACACGGAACUUCGACAAAGUAUUACUUUUUUAUGCUAUUGGAGGUUUUGUGUCCGAAAAGUUGAGAAAACAAUUUGAAGCUAAAUUUCCUAAACAUCCAUUGAUUAUUGGAUAUGGAAUGACAGAAGCUUGUGUAACUAUAGCUGUAACAGGACCUUCAGAUGAUAUCAAAGGACUCACUGUAGGAAAAGUUGCACCCAACGUUGAGGUCAAAGUUAUAGGGAAAAAUAAUCGACCUGUUGAUAUUGGAAUUACUGGAGAGAUUUUCGCGAAGCCAGAAUUCCCAUUUUUGGGUUAUUAUAAUAAUCAAGCUGCCACAGACAACGCAACAGAUGACGAUGGAUUUCUUAGAACAGGCGAUGUUGGAUUUAUUGAUGAAGAUGGUUAUGUGUUCCUCAUUGACAGAAAGAAGGAAAUUAUGAAAUAUAAAGGAUAUCAAGUGAGCACCACAGAAAUCGAAGACGUUAUUAAAUCUAUCGAAGGUGUUGAAAUGGUUUGUGUAGUUGGAAUUCCUGAUAAAGUGUGUACAAACCUCCCUGCAGCGGUUAUUGUCAAAAAUCCCGAAUUUGAAGAUUUGUCUGAGCAAUUUAUAAAAGAUUAUGUCGCAGAAAAAUUCCCAGAUUAUAAUCAACUUCAUGGAGGUGUAUAUUUUGUGGAGGAAUUACCCAUCGAAAAUGAUAAAAUACAAAAACGAUUUGUCAAAGUAAUUGCCAUAAGAGAACAUAAUAGACUUCGAUAUGAGGAAGAAGACUAG